AGCGUCUAAGCACAAGAGGCCAAUACCUCCUUGGAGGUUUUGGGUGGUAUCUUGCGGGUAGCGGCGCUCGGGAACCAGCCGACGACGGGGACGCGCAGACGCCCAACAUGGCGAGCUACGGCGGCUACGAAAAGUACGGUUACCCGAGCGGCGGCGGAUCGGCGAAGCCGUCGGAACGGUCAAGAUGGACGCCGCUCACGCGCAUGUUGCUAUCGGGUGAGAUGACCCAGGAGAAGCAGAGGGAGUUGACUCCGAGGGAGAAGUUCGACCGGUGGAUGGUGAACGAAGGUUACCGCCGAAUUUUCGUCUUCGUCUUUAUGUUCCUACACGCCCUUGUGUUUGCCUUCGGCUUCGUCCAUUACAGCCUCAAGGACAAUCUGCAGAACGCCCGGGAUACCUUCGGCCCGACGUUCCAAAUCGCCCGCGCUUCGGCGCUCGUGCUCCACGUCGACGUCGCCUUGAUCCUGUUCCCCGUCUGCCGCACGCUCAUCUCGUUGGCCCGGCAGACGCCCCUCAACGGCAUCAUCCAGUUCGACAAGAACAUCACGUUCCACAUUACCACGGCGUGGUCCAUCUUCUUCUUCUCUUGGGUGCACACGAUCGCUCACUGGAAUAACUUCGCCCAGAUCGCGGCCAAGAACAAUCUGGGCUUCUACGGCUUCCUGCUCGCCAACCUGGUGUCAGGCCCGGGCUGGACCGGAUACGUCAUGCUGAUCGCCCUCACGGGUAUGGUCAUAACGUCGGUCGAGAAAACGCGGCGGGCGAACUACGAGCGGUUCUGGUACACCCACCACAUGUUCAUCAUCUUCUUUUUCUUCUGGUCUAUCCACGGUGCUUUCUGCAUGAUCCAGCCCGACUUUGCGCCUUUCUGCAUCUCGAUCGGCACCUCGGCCAUCGGCGUCUUCUGGCAGUACUGGAUGUACGGCGGCUUUGCCUAUCUCGCCGAGCGCAUCGCGCGCGAGAUCCGCGGCCGGCACAAGACGUACAUCUCCAAAGUCAUCCAGCACCCGAGCAACGUGUGCGAGAUCCAGAUCAAGAAGGAGCACACCAAGACGAGGGCCGGCCAGUACAUCUUCAUCUGCUGCCCCGCCGUGUCGCUGUGGCAGUACCACCCGUUCACCCUGACCAGCGCGCCGGAGGAGGACUACAUCUCGAUCCACAUACGCGUCGUCGGCGACUUCACCAGGGCGUUGGCCGAGACGCUAGGGUGCGAGUUUGACAAGAAAGGCGAUUCGUCCAAGGUCGUGGGCGUCAACCAGGAGAACGACGAGGUGGACCCGGCGCUCCGGCGGGUGCUCCCGCGCGUCUACAUCGACGGCCCGUUCGGGUCGGCGUCCGAGGACGUGUUCAAGUAUGAGAUUGCGGUCCUGGUCGGCGCCGGCAUCGGCGUGACGCCGUUCGCCUCCAUCCUCAAGUCGAUCUGGUACCGGAUGAACUACCCGCAGAAGAAGACGCGGCUCAGCAAGGUCUACUUCUUCUGGAUCUGCCGAGACUUUGGGUCGUUCGAGUGGUUCCGCUCGCUGCUGCUCGCGAUCGAGGCGCAGGACGUGGAGAACCGCAUCGAGAUCCACACGUACCUGACGGCCAAGAUCAAGGCCGACGACGCGACCAACAUCAUGAUCAACGACGCCAACGCCGACAAGGACACCAUCACCGGUCUCCGCUCGCCUACCAACUUCGGCCGCCCCAACUGGGAUAUGAUCUUCCGGGGCAUCCGCAAGCUGCAUGCGCCCGCCGAGGCCGGCGUGUUCUUCUGCGGGCCCAAGGGCUUGGGCAGCUCAUUACACAUCUUCUGCAACAAGUACAGCGAGCCUGGGUUCAACUUUGUCUGGGGCAAGGAGAACUUUUAGGCCCUGCUCUGUGCACGUGCUUCUGCUUUCUGCGCUGCCUCUUAGACUCACCGCACCCUUCGUCCCGAUUCUUGUUCCCACUGUUUUCUUUCUACUUAAUCAGUGCGCGGGACGCCAACGACUCGGUGCGCCUGCGUGCCUUGAUUGGAUUUCGAGAAUAUUCAGAAUCGGGUGGCGGGACAAUCUGGCCCCAAGCUGUGGCUUGACGCUGAGUGCCGGUCUGGCGUAUGGGCUAACAGUUGGGUCUUUGAA